AUGACCAAAAAAAGAAGAAAUGGCGGACGCAACAAGAAGGGCCGUGGCCACGUCGUAUUCCUGCGAUGCACCAACUGCUCGCGGUGUGUCCCCAAGGACAAGGCUGUAAAACGCUUCACCGUUCGCAACAUGAUCGAAAGUGCUGCUGUCAGAGAUAUCAGCGAGGCCAGCGUAUACCAAGAAUACGCGAUCCCCAAGCUGUACAACAAAAUUGUCUACUGUGUUGGGUGUGCUAUCCAUUUGCACGUCGUACGUGUCCGUUCCCGGGAAGGUCGUCGCAACCGUGCACCACCCCCGCGUGUCCGAUGGAAGGACGGAAAGAAAGUGAACCCAGCGGUGGCUGCAGCGGCAGAGGCCAAGGAGGCUGGCAAGGCUGCCUAG